UUACAACUUUUGGGCCUUAAUUUAAAUAAAGCCUGGAUAAGUAAGUAAUCAAAGCUCACCCCUUCCCUAAACUAAAACCAAACACUCUUACUUCUCAUUUUUUAUUUAUGUUUUCUUCCCUCCAAUCUUCUUCUUCUUCCAUUCCCACACCACUUAUAAUGGAAGACCAAUGCAGCCCUCUCUUCUUCUUCCAUGAAGAGGAAAUUGAGCUGAAACAUUCUCUGCUGUACACCACUCUGGAGCUGGAGAACACCAUUCUGAGUGCUCAGGAAGAGCUUACCAGGAAAGACGAAGAGAUUUUGCAGUUGAGGAAUCUGGUGGCGAGAUUUGUGCGGGAGAGGGAUGAAGCCAUGGAGAGGUGCCGGCGGCUAGGGUUCGAGAAACUGCUGCUCCGCCAGCAGAUCGGGAAAUCGGAGAGCAAUACUUGCAGCGGGACGCCGCCGACGAACGAAGAUCUGGAGAAUGCGCUCUGCAAUUCCUCCGAUUCCGAGGAGAUCGUCGCCGCCGCGGAUCCGGUGAGGCCGCCGCCGUCUCCGCCGCCGGAGGAAGUGAUCGCUGCGAAGUUCCCCCUGCCUGAGAAGGGGAAGUUCCUGCAGGCGGUGCUGGAAGCGGGGCCGUUGCUCCAGACGCUCCUCCUCGCCGGACCUCUCCCGCGGUGGCAGCACCCGCCCCCUCAGCUGAGCGCCGGCGACAUUCCGCCGGUCACAAUCUCCUCACCGCGCUUGAAUUCCGGCAUCAACAAGAGGAGAGCGGCGGACCCGGCAUCUCCAUCCUCCCCAAAGCAUCAAAAGGUUUUUCAUCAAUCCUCAUUAUUGACCUGCAACAUGUAAUCAUUCCAAACAGGCAGAUCUCUCUUUUUCCAUAAUCCCAUAUCAGGAUUAGAAAAAAGAAGAUCACAGUGCAAGUUGGCUUAGAGAAAUUAAUUAGUUAGUGAAUUCUAGGAAAGACAAGGUCAAAGAGAAACCAUAGGAAGGCCUAGUUAAUUAUGAAUGGUCUUUUGAUUUGUUUUCUCUUUCAAAGAAUCCCACUAAAAUGUGUGGAUUUGCAUCUUUUUUUCUUCUUUUCUUUUUAGUUUUAAUUAUAUAAACUUUGGUCCCCUAAUCCUACUUUAGAUAAUAGAUUAGAGUGUGAGUGUUUGGUGUGGAGAGUUUAAUGAUCUGUUCCACAAACACUGCUUUGAAUUUGAGAUCUCUUAAUUAGGCUUAGAGGUCAUUAUCC